AUGACGAAUGAAACUGACGUCGUCGCUUUACAUCCUGGUCACAUAUCUGUGAAGACCCCUUCGACUCCCCUUGCCAGGGAUAGGCCAUCUGACCAUGCAUCACGGCAGCCGAGAAAGGGGCAUCGGACCGUGUCCUUUUCUUCCUCUACUCCUCCCUCUCGAAUCAGGAAACACAAUAACCCUAAAGCCUCCCGGCCUAAAGUGUCGUCGAAGUUGUCAUCGUCAUUGACUCAGCCUCGACAAAAAAGACAAGGCACAGCUACCGAAGUCGCUACUGUGAGCUCUACCAUCCCCGGCUUGUUAGAAGGAGAACCCGCCGUAUUUAGGGACCAGAUCCCCAGCACUGGGGUAGACUAUACCUUUGUACCGGAUUACGGUGGGGAGCUGGUUGUGCCAGGUACAAACCCCGAACCCAGAGACCACUAUACCCUGUCUCCUCCCCUUCCACUGGGACCGGACGUGUACAACAGGCCUUUCGAUAAUCCGGCUCCGUCAACCUUUGGCAACUUGUCAUGGUCGUCGUUCCACUCACCAGACCCCUAUCUGCCACCCUAUGGAUACACACUGAACAAUCAUCUGUUCAAUUACCCAGAUAGGGCAUAUGGUCCCCAUCAUUUGACUACCCCAUUCAACUUUGCAAGCACGCCAAAUAUGUUCCUUCCACGCGGGAUAAUCCCCCUCCCAGAAAGAACACGACGACGCACUGAGCCGAGUCCUGGUUUUUCGGUGGGGCCAGAGGAAGAAGACAUUCGACAAAACUGGUGCGUCGUGGAUAAGGGGGACGCCACCCUUAGCCACUAUGCUGACGACGACAACGAUGACGAUGGUGACGAUUACGACGAUGACGACGAUGACGACGAUGACGAUGAUGACGACGACGACGACGACGAUGAUGAUGACGAAGGUGAGAAUAACGACAACGACUCUGAGCAACUCUCCGAAGACUCGGAUGGUGAUAUUCGUGCCCUUCACCAAGUUGAUUCAUGGGAACACAUUCCCCGCGGAAUAGAUGAAGCCAUAGGCGAGGAACACGGUUCGCUAUCGCAGCUUGGGAAGCGGUCUCGGUCUCGGUUAAACGCGGAGGACCGCGAGGCGACGGGGAAAACCCGGAAAAUGAAGUGUCGCCCAGCUCUCGAAGAUCCUGAGGGGAAAAUCUGCUUAACAUGCCGUGGGAUUAAUCCGGAUUCGAAAAAGGUCAUCCAUAGGGUUCAAUGUGUCCGGUAUAAGCUCGCCGAAAUAGUCCUCUUCCGCCAGGGCGGCCUGAAUCUGACGAAGAGGUGGGAGGGGGUCAAGAUGAAAGACCUCGGGCCGCGGGAUUGGGUGGAAGAAAAGCUGCGCACGAUAAAGCUUGUUCUUUCCUGUCAAAAGAAGCCAUUUGAGUUGAUCGUGCGGAAGUUUAGACCCAUCGACGGGGAUAUCAACCAAAAACAUUGGAUCGAUUCGAAAGGGAACAAACAGACGAUCGAACUUGAACCGUUUGCCCUCGCGAGUAUCUGGAAGACCGCUUCAGCUUACGUAUCAUACGUUUUCAAUUAUGCAAACGAGGCACUAGAUGAGUACAGUGAGAAUCCAAACGUGGAUCCCAUAGUGCGAGCAACGUACAAGGCUGCGAUUGGUAUCUGGCUAUCUGGUCAGCGAGCCUUUGCAAAAGCUAAUUCGAGAAUUCGCUCCUCUAGCUUGGAAUACGCAAAUAGACUUCGAACACAACCGUGCCAACCAAUGGGAGACGAUGUAAACCCCGCCUACUUCCUCGUCCAGUUGUUUAGCUUGUGGUUUGCCACCAGAAACACUCUUGGAUCAGCAUACAUCGAUAUAGAAGGCGAAGAGGGAGAGACACUUGACAUGUACCCAGUCAAAGACCAUGAGAGUCCUUACUAUGGAAUAAUACCAGUACCACGGAUGAUACCGGCGCAGUUUGACUCACUAGGACACGAGAAGCUGCUCGCACCGCUGAGAAAAUAUGUGCUUGAGGGACUCUGGAAGAUGAUGUCAAGCAAGAAUCCGCAACACUUUUUUACUGUAUAUCUCACAGUGUUUGUCUUGCUUCACGAGGUCUCGGCUACUUCAGCCGAUAGGCAUCGUCGUGCCAAAGACAACAAGUACGAACACCAGAGAUAUGACCUUGCAUCGUUUGUUGAGUACCUUCAAGAAGGAGCUAACAUUGUCCUCCACCAUUGGCAUUAUUACAAACGGGAUAUGGAUACUAUUAGAGCGAACAUGUUGACGGCGUCUGAGGAUAAGAAGAAGGUUAUCUGGGGAGAACUCGAGCCCCACGAGGCACGUCUCAUUGCCCAAACGCGCGAGGAAUGUAGGAUCAGAGCUGAAAGCAUGCAGUCCAGCUAUCAUUGGGAAGAUGAUCUGUACUUUGUGUCGCAGAUGUUUACGGAAUGCUGGGAACCGAAACCAACAUUCAGCCGAUGA